UGCAGGCCUAACUUAGAGUGGUUUGUGGCCAGAUGGGUUGCUUGGAAAUUGAGUGCAGAUUCCUGUCUCUUAAUGUAAUCUACCAACAAAUCAGCGUGGGCGAUCUCAGCUUGAAGCUCGCCCUUCGCCCUGGUCAGUGGUCAAUUCAUCCCUCUUCCUUCCAUGCCCCCAUUCAAUGGACAGGAUUUGACCUCCUGCCACUUGUUCAGUCAUCAGAAGGCGAUCCGUCGCGUGGCAUCCAGCCUGGUUUACCAUGCGCCAAGGCCACACUAGUUUGCAGAUUCCAUGCCCACGCGGUCCACUGGGGCCACCACAUAUCGCGCCAGCAUUCAGGCUCGCCCCUUUCUCAAGGCUGAAACAAGAUCAUCCCCCUCAGCAACACAGGAGACUCCUUGCGGUUUUGUCUCCAGUCUGUUUUGAUUACGUCCUCCGUCCCCUGUCCCUGUCCUUGCCCUCUUAUCCUCAAAGGAACUCCUCCGUCGUCACAAUACCAUUUCCCACCCAUUUCUGAGCCGAUUGGACUGCAUGAAUCCAAUCACGGAAUUUAUUGCUAUAUAUAAAUCUGACCGGUCCCCAGCCGCCUUAACGCGCCUUUGUUCGACUUCAAAAUGUCCGCCGCACAAGACGAAGUCGACCGCCUCCUCAACCCCAAAGAAAAGGUCUCCUGUCACCCGGAAGACCGUCUUACUUCAGACAACGAUUCAAACCUAUCAUUUUCGGAGGAAGAGAGCCUGACAUACGUUCACUCCGAUACCGAAGACGAUCCCUCCCCCAACAUGAUUUCAAAAGCCAGCGGCUACCAUAUCCCUACUACCGUCUUCGAAGCGAACACUGGGCCGAAAGGCGUCAUUGCGGAUGCCCAAUCUUUCGAAAGGGCGAAGAAACGCUCAUUCCGUCGCACGUUUAUGAACGUCGCAGGCCUUGAACAUACCUACUACUCCAACUCGACGAAAAGCGAACAGGACACGCAACAGGCCAACGAGGCAUCACCGCCGCCGGAUGAAACUGAAGAUGAACGCUUCAUGCGCCAAUGGCGAGAAGCUCGUAUGCUGGAGUUACAACGCAAAAGCAAGAGACGUGUUAGCCCCAGCAAGCGAAGGUACGGAACCGUAGAGGUAGUUAAUGCAAACGGAUACUUGGACGCCAUCGAGAAGGUGACUCCAGAUACCGUUGUUGUCGUUUGUAUAUACGAUCCUGAAUCCCCCGAAAGCAACAUCGUCGAGGACUGCCUGGCUACCGUGGCCCGGAAACAGGCUACCACUCGAUUCGUUAAACUACAUUAUGAGAUAGCAGAGAUGGAACAUGUUACUCCACCCGCCCUACUGGCUUACAGAAAUGGUGAUGUCUUCGCUACAAUAAUGGAUAUCUUCCAUCAACUUCCCAGUGGACGAGAUUGUAGCUCUGCGAGCCUAGAAGAUCUCCUGAUGCAACACCGAGUUUUCUGAUUGACCGUCCCUUUUAUUUUUAUUUUUAGUUUCUAUUUCUAUUUCUCUUUAUUUUUCAACUAUGAUUCCCAUUCGCUGUCGCAUUAUACCCCAUCCUUCAUGCUCUCUCCUCUUCAGAUUCCCCAACCGCCAUGAUAAAACGAACCUCUCCCGCUCCAUGAAAUGCAGAAUUACCCCCUAGGAUAGCAUUGUUGCAUUGGCGCAAAUUUUUGGCUUGUUGAUUUUCUCACACGUUACCCCUUGGAGUUUUAAAAACAAAAGAGAAGACUAAGAAAAAACAUUACGGAUAUGGCCCAUCAUUCGUGUACGCUUUCAUUCACUCAAGAACUCUAAGGUUCUUAUUUCACGUAUAAAGCUAUAAGGCGGCAAUGAGGCUUCUUCAUAAAUGGAAGGAUUUAUGCGGGUCCAUGUAAUGUCCUUGCCUUUCCUAUACUACCCUUCUGGCGCUUCUUUUUUCGUUUUAUCUUCUCUGAUCUUUUUCCUUUUCCGUUUCUCCAUAACUAACUAGCCGUUUCCGUUAUGUAAUAUUAAUUCUUCCCCUUUCUAUCGCUU